AUGGCUUACCCUGAUACACCAACCUCUCCCGGAGGUAUGUCCGCCCGACGCCUCACCAAUAGGAACACAAAUCGCUACAGCGUUACCGCCCUGUUUAGCAUGGCAGCGGAGCAGGAUGUAGAGGUUGAGGACGACUUGGCACGAGCCCAGAAGCGUCUACGGGACCUGAAAGGAAAGAUUUCUGCACAGUCCAAGAAGAAUUUCGUUCUUGAGCGGGAUGUCCGUUAUCUUGAUUCUCGUAUUGCGCUUCUUAUUCAGAAUAGGAUGGCACUUGACGAGCAAAGGGAGGUUGAGCGUACUCUGGAGGAAGUAGAUCCGACAGAGGGUCAUUACCCAGAUGAUCGCAAAAUUCAACAAUAUUCGAAUCUCUUCUUUCUUCUGCAGUCCGAGCCCCGGCACAUAGCGGCUCUAUGCCGCCUUGUUUCACUUUCCGAAAUUGAUACACUCCUCCAAACAGUCAUGUUCACGCUUUACGGAAACCAAUAUGAAAGCCGAGAAGAGCAUCUCCUUCUCACCAUGUUCCAGUCUGUCCUCUCGGCUCAAUUCGAAAUGGCCACCGAGUUUGGGUCGCUACUUCGCGCUAAUACUCCUGUUUCUCGCAUGAUGACAACCUAUACCCGCCGUGGCCCUGGACAAAGUUAUCUCAAGAGCGUUCUUGCCGAGCGUAUCAACAGCCUGAUCGAGCAUAAGGAUCUCAAUCUCGAAAUCAACCCUGUUAAGGUUUAUGAACAAAUGAUCAACCAGAUCGAGGAGGAGUCUGGCUCGCUACCACCUAACCUGCCUCGCGGAGUAGCUCCUGAAGUCGCUGCCGAGAAUCCCGAUGUUCAAGCGAUCAUUGCCCCACGCCUCACCAUGCUAAUGGAAAUAGCCAAUAGCUUCUUGGUGACCAUCAUUGAAAGCAUGGAGAGUGUGCCGUAUGGUAUUCGGUGGAUCUGCAAGCAGAUCCGAAGUUUGACGCGGCGCAAAUACCCAGAAGCUACCGACUAUGCAAUUUGCUCUCUCAUCGGAGGCUUCUUCUUUCUUCGAUUCAUCAACCCAGCCAUUGUGACCCCCCAAGCGUACAUGCUUGUGGAGGGAGUUCCGGCGAAGCACCCUCGUCGAACAUUGACCCUGAUUGCGAAAAUGCUUCAAAAUCUCGCAAACAAGCCUUCCUACGCCAAGGAGGUGUAUAUGAUGACCCUGAAUCCCUUCGUUGAAAAUAACAAGGCUCGAAUUAACCAAUUCCUCAACAACCUCUGCGAAGUUGGGGAUUUCUAUGACACUCUUGAGAUGGACCAAUACAUGGCUCUUUCUAAGAAAGAUUUAAUGAUUCACAUCACGAUGAACGAACUGUACAACACUCACUCGUUAAUUCUCCAACACAUUGAAACGCUGUCACCCAACGAUAAACAACACCUACGUAUCCUCACCGACGAGCUUGGCUCAGCCCCACCCCAAGUUCCACGGAAGGAGAACCGGACGAUUGAGCUCAAUCUCUAUAGCCGUUGGGAAACUCCGGUUCAAGACAUUCAGAGUGCCCUAAUGGAUUCCGUGUCAUCCAGUGACAUGUUGUACAUGGAAACCAAGUCCAUAUUCGUUCAACUUAUUCGUUCUCUCCCUCACGCCGCUGAAAAGCGACCUUACAAUCUAGCGGCCAUUGCUGAGCGGGCUGCCACAACGAAGGAUGCCGUACUUGUCCGCAAAGGCAUCAAAGUCAAGGAAAUGCUUCGCGAACUGGAAGAACAGAAGAUCGUCGAAGAAUCUGAUGGCUAUAAGCUGAUGCAGGAAGAAGUGGCCGCAGAAUUAGUCCAUCUUGGAAACCUGAGGGAGAAGGUCGUUUUGGAAACCAAAUCUUUGGAGGCCGUAUACAAGACGAUCUGUGACCAUAACAAUUAUAUGCGAUCACAACUCGAGCAAUACAAAGCGUACCUUCAGAACGUCCGCCUUACUGCGGUCAAGGACAAAGGCAGCACUACUGGAGUGGGCGUCGUCACCGUUGGUGGGAAGGAGAAAAAAAUGACCAAGGCAGUUGUUUUGGGUCCCUAUAGAUUUACUCAUGCACAACUGGAGAAGGAAGGCAUCAUUGUGGAGAGCAAUGUUCCCGAUAAUCGACGGCCAAAUAUCUAUUUCAAUAUUACAUCACCAACGCCGGGGACAUUUAUCAUUGCCCUACACUAUAAAGGACGAGAAAAGGCGAUUCUGGAAAUGGAUCUCAAGAUUGAUGACUUGUUGGAAAAGCAAAAGGAUAACAAACAUCUACUGGAUUUGGAAUACGUUCAGCUGAAUGUUCCCAAGGUUCUGGGCUUGUUGAAAAAGGUGUUUGCUAAGCGGUAA